AUGAGAAUCGCGGUUGUUUUACUCAUUUGUUUAGUAUUUUGUUAAGGUAUUCCAGUACAUAAGAAAUUCUUGUAACUAGAUGGUUAAGAGAAUGAUGUUUAAUAUACAUCUGAUAAUUUAUAGGUUGUCGAGUAGAAGAGUCAAAAUAAAGAUGUUCAGAUUUUGGCAGCAUAAGAUAGUGAUUUGAUGAUUAAUUAAUUAGAGCCAUCUGAGAAAUCAGAGACAUAAUAAUCAUUAGAUGACGAAACCCCAUUAAAUAGUGCUUAUUUUGAAGAUGAUUAGAAUAAUAAUGAAAUCAUUGAAGAUGCUAGUUAGAACAUAGUGGAGGAUUUAAAAUUAAUUGGACAAGUAGAUAAUAAUAAUAUUAUUGAUGAAAAUCAUCAAGUCAUUGACACUCAAUAAAACAUUCCUGAUUAAAAUGAAAACUAUGCAUCAGACACUAUGAAUGUUAACGAUGAAAUCCAACAGGAAAUUUCAGAUCAAUAAAAUGUUUAAGAUACUGUUAAUAAUGAAGAUAAUUUUUAUGAUGAUUCAAUUGAAAACAAUGAUACAUUAUAAGCCAGCGAUUCUGUCUCUUAAUAAUUGAUUGCUUAAUCAAAUGAAGUACCAGAUCUCACUAAUAUGGAUUAAGAUCAAGUUACGUAAUAAUUCACGUAACCUGAAUACGAAGUUUAACAAAAUCAAAUAGAACAGACUAAUCAAUAAGAUUAAACUAUCAUUAUUGAUAAUCAAUUAGAAAAUGAUGAAAACCAAGUACAACCUAAAAUUAUAGUUGUUGAAGAUCAAUCACAAAUACAAUCAGAUGAUUCAGGUCCCAAAUAAGUUAACAUCUAAUAAGAAGUCACUUCCGAAGAUCCAAAUAACAUAGGCGACGUUAAUGAAGAAUAAACAUCUUAAUGUAUUGAAUUAUAUAGUUAAUGCUAUUACAAAGGGGAGUCCAUGAAAGCCUGUAAUGAUCUUGGAUAAAUGAAAGAUUUCCCAUAUGAAAUUAAGUCCUUGAAGAUUCCUUUUGGAACAACUCUCACAAUAUAUGACCAUCCAAAUUAUGAAGGAGAAAGACACACCUUCUCUAAAAAUGAGGAGUGUUUGGCAAAUGUAAUUGUUCUAACAUAAAUUACAUUUUGA